UCAUUGUUUUGACACAUAUCAGACACGACUGUGACUAGGAGAAGACAGGGUGAUACUCUUUCCUGUCUGGUUCAGGAAGAGUGUGGGAUACACUAUAGACGAAAACUGAAGUUAAUAUACAAAGGUCACGAUUUGAUACUCCUCCGUGUUUGUAGAAUGUGACAGACUGAGAUCGAUGUAAUUAGUGGGCAACAGCUGAGUGACAAACUCCACCACAGGCCUAACAUAAGAGUCCUACAAACAGUCUGGUGACCCAGACACAAGACAAUAUGACUUCACACACUGAUGAAGUGGCAGAGCCAGGGGCUGGCUUUGACUCUAGAGGAAUGGGUCUUCGGAUUCAGAAAAAACUCCUCGGAAAAAUGUCUAGCAAGUCAAUUGCAAAACAUUUUAUUGAUGAAACGACAAGUAAGGUGCUGGACACCACCUACAAAAUCAUCAAGGAAUAUUCCAACAAAAAGGAUGCUGAGAAGAUGAUGAAAUAUCUUAUCAAGAUUGUUGUAAAAGUUGGAAUAUUAUACCGAAAUGAUCAAUUCAAUUCGGACGAAUUAGCUAUGGCUGAAUCAUUCAAGAAAAAGUUUCAUUCACUAGCAAUGACUGUCAUUAGUUUUCAUGAAGUGGAGUUUACAUAUGAUUCAGGCUUUCUUAAGUCGAGCAUCGAAGAAUGUAGACAACUUCUUCACACCCUCAUAGACCGACAUCUAACGGACAAGACAAAAGGACGUGUAGACUAUGUAUUCCAGUCAUUCUGUGACGAAAAUCUCAUGGAUGUGAUUUUUGCACCAGAAGGAAAAUUCCGUGAUUUGAUGGCGAAUAUAGUAAUAAAUUUAAGAAAAAUGAUGGACGAAGGAAAUUUAUGAUAACUUUGUCACCAAAAUUGUCAUCAUCUCGACACAUAUUAGUGACGUCACUGUUUUAUAAAAGUCUGCAAUCACAUAUGUCAUCUGUAUACAAGUUCUAUAUCAUAGGUCUGCGUGUGAAUUGCUAAUUAAUGACAUUCCAGGCAUGGAAGUUAACAAACCUAUGUACUGCUUGAGAGAUAUUAGUAUCUGCAAUUUUUUCGUAUCAUUUGUUUCUUUUCUCUUUUGUCGGGAUUGAACUCCCUCCUUAUUAUCAGUAUUCUUCCCAUGUGUUCAUUAUGUAUUUCAGUUGAAUUAUCGUAUAGUUUUAUGUAUCUGUGAAUAGCAUAGUUAUGUUUGGAAUGUUACUGGAAUGAAAGGUAGCAAGAAAUUUGACCGCAUGAUUAUCCUUUCAUUUCAUCAUUACUGAAAAAUUUUUCUUAACCUGUUUUAUCUAAAACCAUCAGGAAAUCUUGUUUGUGAUUUUAAAUUCUCAUUUACAUGCAAGGUUUCGCAAUACAUCUGUUUACCAUGUAUAUUGUGUGUGGAAAACCGAUGCUUGUAAUUACAGUACAGAUAAUUCAGAUCAAAUUAAUUUCAAUCAUGUUAGAAUGCCUUCAAAUCAGUGUGAUUUCUGUCUACAUUUUAUAUCCUUUAUAUGUUGAGGAAGCAAAUGAUAUAUCAAUGCAAAAUGUUUUCCUAAGAUAUACAUAUAUUUAUAUGGUACUCAAUAAUAAAUUUCACGAUAACAAUGACGUUCAUCAGUAAGUCAAUGUCUAGUAUAGGUAGACUGAUGGAGAACCAGUAACAACAUAAUAGAUAUUAUAGAAUCAUUAUUUCAGAAUUUUGAAAUAUUGUUGACCGUUUGUGACUGAUUUUAAUGAUGAUAAACAACUUGGCACAAGUUACAAAGGAACAAAUACCAGUUUUAUUUAUAAUAUUGUUUAAAAAUAUUUGAUGCAGAUUAUCAGUGACGCAUAUAGUUGUUUUUUGAUGUUUUCAAGAUAUUCAUUAAAUGUAAAUGUUACGUAAUUUUCUUCUAUUACAAGGUUAAUGCCCUUGCUACUCUUAACACUAAUUAAAUGCUAAUCAAAAGAAUUGCCGACCGUCUUUUGUAAUUGUUGGUUAUUUGUUGCAUUUCCGAUUCAGGAGAUCGAGUUUCAAUUUUUUGAUAGAUAUUGCUUGCCAAUUAAUUUGCAGAGUGAUAUAAAAAAGUUAUAAUUUUCUGUCAUUUUCAUUAAAAACACACCUGCCUUGAGCGUAGA